UGGUCAGCGGACUUUCCCGUGUUGACGUUUUGUAUUGCUGUAGUGUGUCCCUUCGAGGUGUAAUUUGAUAUUUUUUAGAGUAACGUUUAUAUUUUAAAGCAAUAUUUUAUGGGUAAGAGCGUCCGUGCAAAUUGUUGUCGAAUCCUUGCUCCAAGUAACUACGCCCAAACAGCAUCUCACGGCUAAUCAGCAAUGGGGCUAAGCACUGGAGAAGAUUCAUCGAAACAAGAGGGUCUGGAAGAUUUAAAAUCUAAUUUAGAGAUGUAUUUAGAUCACUUAAAUGAAGCAAAAGUGCAGAUUCAGUCCAGUGCGGACCAGACAGAGGCUGCCCUGGAGUCGGCCAUGGCUGCAGUUUUACAACAGGUGUCAGCGGCCCUGGAUGAACGGAAGGCACAACUUAUGAAGGAGGUGGCAGAUGUGAAAAAUACUGCUCUGAAGCAGGCUGAGAGCUGCAGUCGACUGGCUCAAGAGCACCUGCAGAGGACAGAGGAACUGCUUGGGUCCCUCCAGUCAGGAGAUUCACUAGAGGCUAAGCAAAUGACUGCUGAAGCCAUUGAGGAGCUGGCGUCCCAGCUGCCGGCUCCGUCCUCGCUGCCCCGGCCGGCGCUGCAGCUGCCCUCCUCCGGCGCGGUGCUGGCCGCCGUCCGACAGCUGGGCAGAGUGGAGAGCACGGUGACGGUGGCAGGGGUGAGGACAGAGCCGCGGCCCGGCGCCGUGCUGGUCUCCUGGGGAACGUAUGAGGACGACUGUGACCCGAGUGAAGGGGACGGCUCAUACCGUCUCCAGUACUGCUACGGAGACGCCAACAAACAGACUUCGCCCGUCUUCCAUACGGCCUAUGAAGGUCCGGAGACGAGCACGCUGGUUCGUCGUCUGCAGUGUGACGUCAUCUAUAGUUUCCGCGUCAGCCGCCAGGUGUCGGCCGGGGGAGCGUGGGGCGGCUGGAGCCCUCCCGUCACCGGUGCCACCACGUUGCCCCACUACGAGUGGUCGCCCAGUCCCGCCUACUCGAUAACAGACUCGGGCCGUAUCGCCUGCCGUACCGGCGACGGUGGCGACACCUAUACAGGUGGUGACAGCGUCAUCUACAGUGCGGGCGCGCAGUUACGGCCGGGCGCCGCUCUGCGGGUAGCUGUAGUGGAGGCCGGGUCCGGCUGCAGUGAUGAGGGCCUGGCGCUGCUGGAUGGACGGCCGGACCAGGGAGAGGAUGGCGCUCUUAUAGGGAAAGGAGCUCUGUUCGUCAGCGCUACUGGUGAGGUGUACGUGAACGGUCGGCGGCGUCAGAUGCGUCUUCCCCCGCUACAGGCCGGCUCCUACCUCACCUUCAGCACUGAGAGGAGGGACCAGCAGACCACGCGGGUCUGUCUGGAGACCGGCGACAAACAGGUGGUUUACGACUGGAAAACCGAGUCGACCGAUCUAUGGCUGGCAGCUUCAUUUAACGAGCUCGGCUGGAAACUAAUGCUCGAGUGACGUCAUUGGUCACCGGUUAGUGACGUCAGUGGAUCACAUCGCUCGCUGAUUGGACGCAGGUGAUGUGACGUCAUAUGUUGGAUCUGGGGUGAUAUGUGGAUGACGAAUUGGGUGAAUGAAAGUGGAGACAAUAUCGCAGAAGAUUGAAAACUAUGAAGUCGUGCUGCCGUGAGAACGGGAGAUCUGACAAUUAUCAUUCACCGCUGAAUAGCGGACUACAGAGGUCUAUGAAACUACGAAUUGAGCUGACGUCAUGCAUCUGUGCCUAGAUCUGUAUCGUGAUACUGCAGUGCCAAAUCAAUGUCGUAGCAACUUUUGGUGUAGCGAAUUUCAUUUCACCACGCCUGAUAUUUAUAUUGAGCUUAUAAUUGGCAUCGGGAAACAGCACAAUUCUCAUAUUUUGCUAGACAUGAAAGGCAAGAUCGGUCUCCAUACACGAAGCUAGUGGUACCGUACCCUCGUCAUACAUUGAUGAGAAUGUGCAUGCGAUUGAGGUGUUCGAUUUCGUGAGAGGUUCACAUCCUCACCGGUCCCUCAGCUGUGAUUGGAGGUUGUCUUGUCAGCGGUCUGUUUUGUAAUAAUCGCUGGGUUGCCCAGUAAAGUGCCAUGCUGUAAUGCUAAUUGUAGAUAUAUUUGCAAAGUAAACGCUCAACACAAACGGUUUUCCGCCCAAUGCGUCCAUAGUCAGCCUUUAUUGCCUGUUUACUUGCAUAUUUUGUGCAGUCACAAAUACGCGUUAUCUGAGGGUGACUUUUGCCGUGGUUUGCCAGUAAAAACGCGUGUGUUUAUGAAGUUACGUAACAUCCAAUUAAGCAUCGCUUUGGCGUUGAGUCUGUGCCUUUACUUACCCUCACCGGUUUGGAUUAUUCCGACGCUGUCGGAGUUGAUUUGCACUGUUAGCUUGUCAGGCCUUUACGAUAAAAUCGGGAAAGUAGUGCCAAAUUGCAACCAAACUAUAAACCAAAGGCUGUGCACGGCAUUGCGUAGUGCAUAUAGUUGGGCAAUAACAUUCUCCAUAUUACUACUCUUAUUUAACACUUGCUUAUGUACCAGUAUAGCGCCUUUUGGGGCGACUAACGGAGCGAGCGAGGGGGUGACUCUUGCACGUGCGAAAUUUUGAGGGGGUACCUCCAACUGACUUGUGCACGGCACCCUACUGACCGGUUUCUAGCGAUGUGCCAAAUUUGAGCACAAUCGGCCCAGCCGUUCUCGAGAUCUGGGAGCGGCACCCUGCACGUGCGCACGUGCAAAAUGGGUCCCAACUGACUUGUGCACGGCACCCUACUAACUGGUCCCUAACCGUGUACCAAAUUUGAGGGCCAUCGGUCCAGCCGUUCUCGAGAUCUGGAAACGACCCCUGCACGUGCGCACGUGCAGCAGCACCCCAACUCUGGCACAUGGAUAUGCAGUGCCUAGUGGGUGCCUACCUACAUGCCAACUUUCAGCGCAAUCGGCCAAGUAGUUACCGAGAUAUUGCAACAAUUACAAAACUGACACCUCUUCGUUUUGCACGUGGCACGUGCAUAAGGGGUCACCCACAUGCAUCGGGAAUAGUCCAAUACUUGGUAGAAGGAAUGAAGCUACCCUACAAAAAUUACCGCGUGUAAAUCGGUCAAGUGGUUGCUGAGAUAUAAGCCUCGCAAAAGCGUCCGCACGGCCGGCCGGCCGGCCGGCCGCUCAUACUCAGAAAUUUCCGUUAUUCUACGUAAGACUCCGCUCGCUUCGCUCGCUCCGUAAUAAUUUGUUCUGCUGUGAUGUCGUAACCCACUGAGGCUUGCCCGUGUUUAGUGCAGUGAUCUGAUCUGGCCAUCUGAAGCCAGGGGAAGGUGAUACUACAUAGUGAUGCAGUGUUUAAUAUGGACUGUUGGGAGGGUUGUAUCAGUUCAGAGUCGUCCCUCAUCAUCUACUGAGAUACUUGUGAAAAUGUCGAUAUUCUGUAUCAACAACGAAUACAUAUGGAACGAUAUAUGCG